CCAAAACAUUAUAACGGAAGCAGAUUUAUGAUUAAAAAAAAAAGAAGAAGAAGAAAAAUGAGUAUCAGUUUGACGGAUAUUGUAGAAGAUAUAUCACGUGGUAAAAUUACAGACAUUGAUAUUUGGAACAAGCUUAGACAUUAUUUUAGUGAACAAUGGGAUGGACAACCAGAGUUUAUCGCAGUUCUUAAUUUGUCAGGAAGACAAUUAGGUGAACAGAUAAAAAAUGUCACAGACACGUUCAGUUACUUCAAUGCUCUUGAAAAUACCUUCAGUGAUACUAAUGAUUUACUCGAGUUUUUAAUUAAUUUAACUGGAUAUUUAAAUUAUCACACCGAAUCAGGAUCUGUCAAUGUCAAGCAUAACCUAACAGAGUUGCGUAAAAACUUGAAACAGUUACGACAGCAGUGUGUUAGAAGAGGUAUUUUCCAUGAUAGAAAUUUUGUUGGUAGAGAAUCACAUAUAAAAAGAAUGGAAGACGAAAUCAAAACGGGGACUUCAAAAGUUAAGUAUUUAAUCAUACAUCAUUAAACGGUUCUAAGUUUUAUAUUUUUAAACUUAUAGAUAUAAUAAUAUUUUUGAACAUAACCAUACAAAAGGGAUGUUUGUCUAGCCAUAACACCAGGUUAAACCCAUAAUUUUUCUUUAAAUGUCCGGUACCAAGUCAGAAAUAUGGCAACAAACUAAAUCAAAACGAAACGAAACAGCGGUGUCAAGAUCAAAAAUUAAGAGCUACAUAAUUUCCUACCCGCACGAAAUAUUUUAUAAAUCUAUUUUAAAAAGGUUCAUUGAAUUUUAAACAAUAGAAAACAACAGUACUUACCACCGUUUGUAGUUGUAGGAAAAUGUUACGUUUUGCUUUGGGAAACCAAAGUAAUUAUAUACAUUACUGAAAAGAUGUACACAAUACAAUGGCGUACGGAUACACAAACAUUUUACUUUGGUUAACGCGUUAAUUUACAACCACUGGGUCGAUGCCACUGUUGAUACUGCGGUAUCACCAGCCGUCACCCAGUAGUUGGCUUCUGUGAGUGAUCAUUGAUAUGGUCAUAAUCAUAAAUUAACUGUUCACAAAACUUUUAAGUUUUGAAAUAUUAUUGCUAUUCUACCUCGGGAAUAGAUUACAUUAACUGUAUUUGUUAUAACUUAAUGCUCUCCAACUUCGUAUUUCAGUUGGCCUUUUUAACAGUUUUUGAUUUGAGCGUCACUAUAACAUCUUUUGUAGACGAACGGCGUCUGGCGCAAAUAUUUUUUUUUUUUAAUCCUGGUAUCUAUGAUGAUUUUAUAUAAAACAGUGUUCAAUUAUGGAAACGGUUAAAAAGAUAAAUUUAAGUUGCACGAAGACUUAUUUUACAUUCUGUGUAUUCAGGUCAGUGGUUAAGAAGUCAGUGCAUAUAGCUUAUGCUCUACAGCUUUGUUAGGAUGGAAACUGUCGUGUUUUAUUAUCAUGAUAUAUGUUAAUACAUAUUUAUGAAUUAUUGUGCAUGUAGGAAUUCUUCUGUGUAGUUUAUAAAUUAAUGACUUGGAGAUAAUUUUAUCCACGUCUUUUGAUGAAACCUGAACUUUAAUGAGAUAUGAGAAUGCAUAAUUAUUGUGUAUGUAGGUAUUCUACUAUGUGGUUUAGGAGGAAUGGGAAAGACAAGUAUCGCCAACACAGUCUGUUACAAACUCCGUGGUGAAGGUUGGAAAACAGUUAAAGUUGAACUAAGGGAACAAGGAACUUAUAGACAUUUUCUACGAACCUCUGUUCAAAGUAUUAUCAAAGACGGCAGAGGACUGAUAUCAGGUGAAAUUAAAACUUCGGACAAUGACGGGAAUGGAACCAUAUCAGACCAAAUUCUCAUUGAAGAGAUCAAUCUCAAGGACUCACUUUUGGAAUUUAUAACAGAAAAGAUGCAAAGGAAACUAAUUCUUAUGUUUGAUAAUCUUGAUGACGAGAUUGUUGAAGAUGCUUGUGAUAAAAAUAUUUCCGAAGAGCAAUCAAAGAUUCUGUCAUUUUUUGAAUGUUUGCUGAGAAUGAUGAGUCACAGUCAAACGUGCAAGACUAGACUAAUCGUAACAUCAAGGAGUAAUUUCCUGCUUACUGCAAAUCGUGAAUUAAGAAAAGCUAUGCUAGCUAUUGAAGUCAACAGUUUAGACAUGGAAGAAGCACGAAAACUGACUUUAAAGUGUUUGAAACAGUUUCAGCGACGAGUGCCACAUGUGGAGCAGGAUCUGCUUACCCUUCCGGGGCACCUGAGAUCACCCCAAGUUUUUGAUAGGUGGUUCCUCAGCGAUCAGCAAAUCAAUGUUAUAGUAACAGCUUGUUGUGCAUGCCCACUUGCUAUCAGGGUUAUCAGCGAUGUCAUAAAUGACUCGACACAUGCGACAGACGUCAUUACUAUUUUACAAACGAAAAGAGAUGUUAUUUUGUCGCCUUCAUUGCGAAUUAAUGAAUGCUUACGUCAACCAUUCGAAAAACUAAAAGAGCAGAAAUGUACUUUAUGUCAGCUCUCACUUUUUGGUACAACUAAAUUUGACCUGAAUUCAGCAGCUAAAAUUGUAUUUGGGAAAUUUGAACCCAAUCUCAACAAAAGGGAAGUUAUUAUGAAGCAAACAGAACUAAAGUUCACCCUUUUACUUUUUAAAACUCGACAUUUGCUUGAGAUAGAAAUGGGAGAAUGCGACUGCCAAGAGACAAGUAUUGAUCAUGACGAAAUAUCUACAAGACAAAAAAAAAUAUAUUCUGUUCAUCCUCUAGUUUACAAGUUCCUAAAGGACAAAGCAAACGACAAAGAUAUGAUGAGUUGCAUUCAAAAUGCAAAAUAUAACUACAUACUAUAUUUUGAUGAGUUAGUUUUGGAUAUUGGACAAGAAUAUGAAACGAAUGUUUUAGUUGCAAGGGCAAAAUCUGAGAAGCUAAAAACUCACAUAUUGACAUAUAAAAAAUUGAUGGAAGAAUAUGAAAGUUUUUCAUACGCAUCAAAUCAACACACUUUCUCAUCAUCUGAAGAUGCAAGACGACGUAGUAAUGUAGUCGAGAUGAUAUGUAAUCCAGAACAUCACUUAAAUUUUCUCAAAGCAAUGGUAUCGAAAAGUGAAGAUAAAUCUUUCGUGAAACUGAGCUGGGAGAUAGAAUAUAUAACUGCAACGGUCCGACACCAUCAGUGUUGUGAUAAUAUUGAAAAAAAAUGUAAACAGAUAGUGAAGUUCUUAUAUACAUUAAAAUCAGACAAACUUAGUGAAGGUGAAUUGUUACAGUUACAUAUUUUAAAAGGACGAACUUUGUUUUUACAAGGAAAGCUAACAAACGAUAUGCAAUUUUCUAAAAACUGUUUAUAUGAAGCAAAGCAAAUUUUCAAAUCAAAACUAAUUUACAGGACGCCAUUUUAUAAACUAUACUUAGCUGAAAUUUAUAACGAAUUUGGGUGCUUAUUUUGCAGACAGAAAAAUAUGAUACAAGCAAUAAAGAUGCAUUUAAAAGCUGUAAAAGUAUUAUUACAAAACAAUAUCCAAACUGACAACAUUAUCAUAUUUUAUGCAAACCUUGGUCAAUGCCAUUUUUCCUUGAAAAACUUUGAAGAAUCAUUGAAGUAUUAUAACAGUUCAAUCGAUAAUGCCAAGUUUUAUGGAAUGGAAGGUUCGGAUAUUUACUUGAGAAAACUGUUGAACAGAGGGAAUGCUUUCCUCAAGUUGAGAAAACUUGAUGAGGCCUCAAAGGAUUUGAAGGAAUGUUCAGAUUUAGUAAAGAAACUUUAUGACAAACCAUGUCUGACUGAGAUACUCAUUCGUCAUGCGCAAGGAUGUUUAAUUAGAAGAAAGAUUAUACAAAGACAUGGUAUUGUAUCUGACGAAGGUAAAUCUAAGGACGAGGAAGACAUGCUCGAAAUGGUGCGUGAAGGAAUACAAAUAUAUGAGAAAUUAAAACGUAUUCUCUCACCAGAUCUUUUGGCCGGUAACUCGGAUUGGUUUCCAGAAAUACAAAGAACCCAUUCGUAUUUUCUUAAUCAAGGAAAAGCACAUGAAGAUUUGAAGACAGAUGCUACACAGUUUUAUUCGAAGUAUCACACUAUUGAAUCAAAAAAGGACAUAGAUUUUAAACCUCCAAUAUCGGAAUCUAAAUCUUUAAGAACUAAGAAACAAGAAAAAAUCCAGUUAACAGAAGGUAUAGAUAUCAGCCUUUUAAAAGAGGGUGAUGAGGAAAAGGAAAAUUCACCAAGGUUCGAAUCUUCAACAUCGUCCAGUUCAGAAUCCUCUGGAGAAGAAGAAAUCUCAGUUCCUGGCAUAAAUCAUUCUGACAAAAAAAUGUCUGAUGAAAAUGCAGUUCAUAGUCCAGAUAGUUAUAGGCUUUCCACGACAACCUGUAAUGAUAUUGCAGGAACAAGUAUCAGAGGAUCUAGCACAAGUUCUGGAUAUCAAAGUAUGAAUGCAUCUUCAUCAAAUGCAGAUAGCGUUAGCUCAUUAUUAAGAACUGAGUCUUUACCAAGACAGUGCAGUUGGUCUGAUGACGAUGUAUUUACAAAAAGACAGACAUCUUUCGAAUGUGCAUUAGAGAGAAUGAGAGACCUGCAUUGUACAAGCACAGAUACUUCAUUGAAGUCACCCUCUUCUAGCUCAUCAACAAAAUUAGAAUAUAAACCAUUACAUUUUGAAGUUCAUAAAGGCAAACGCCAGCUCAGUGAAGAUGACGACUCAUACUCAGCAAAUGAAGAUUUUUCAAAUACGUCGAAAACUCCAGAAUAUAAAUGCCAAUCAACAGAAGAAAAUUUGCGCCAAAAUGAGAGAAGUACGAAAAAAUACCAUAAAGGGAAGCUAGAUGAAAUAGUUCAUGAUUUAGAGGAAUUGAUACCAUCUGUUAAACCAAGAAUGAGGACACUUGUAAGAGAUCUUGACACUGGGGAAGCUGAGCUUGUAGAUGACAAGAAAGGCAGGCCUUUCCUUAAGUAUAAGGAUUAAUUAUAG